CUGCUUUAAUAAUCAAAAGAGCCGUCUUCGUAGGUCAUUACUGUCGAUUUUAUUGAUCAGUACGUCGUCUGUUCUCUGUAAUUUUUGCUUAAAUUGGCUAUAGAAAAGAGGAAGAAAGUCACAUCGGAAAUGGCUGCAACGGCAAGAAAGGCGAUUUUCUGUUGCUUCCUAGUGGCUGCAUCGAUUGGAGCUUCUCGUGCGAUUGUGGAAAGGGCAUGUGAAGGAAGAACCCUUUCUCUGGAGUGUCCCAACGGAUUCCUAAUCAGUAUCAACCAUGCAAAUUAUGGUCGUACUGCCGGCGCGGGGAUCUGCCCUCAUAGCCACAUCCAGACAACAUCAUGCUUCGCCGGCAAUUCACUCAGUAUCGUCAACGCCAACUGUGAUGGAAGAUCAUCAUGCAGUGUCUCAGCUAACAAUGGCGUAUUCGGCGACCCCUGUGUUGGUACCUACAAGUACCUCGAGGUAGACUACUCCUGCCAGCCUGAUCCCGACUGUACAAGAGAACGCAGAUGUGAAGGAGGUUCCAUCAACCUGCACUGCCCUGCAGAAACCCCGGCUAUUCACAUCUGCAGUGCCCUGUACGGCCGACAACUUCCCGGAUCAGCUGUAUGCCCCCACCCUCGUAUCCAAACCACCAACUGCGCCGCUUCCAGCUCCUUGUCUAAAGUCCGAUCGUUCUGUCAGGGCCGAUCUUCCUGUUCCGUCGCUGCUUCUAACAAUGUCUUUGGUGACCCUUGCGGCGGAACCUACAAGUACCUGGAAAUUGACUACGUAUGCGCACGACGUGGUCGAAGUUGUGAAGGAGGUACCCUAACCCUCAGCUGUUCAUCUGGACAGACCAUCUUAGUCUUGGAUGCGUUCUACGGACGCAUGGCAGGUCCAGAAAUCUGUCCUCAUUCCCAGGUGUCCAAUCGAAACUGUCGAGCGGCGAGCAGCAUCAGCAUCGUCGAAACCGCAUGCAAUGGCCAAACAUCAUGCUCCGUGGGUGCAAGGAACAGCGUCUUCGGAGAUCCUUGCGUGGGGACUUACAAGUAUCUCGAAGUUCUCUACCAAUGUGCCUGAAUAUCUUGAUAUCACGACGCGACGGCUAGACUCACAAACUACUCUUCUGGAGAGAAAACUUCCUGUCUUUUAUUCAACUAAUAUCUUGCUUCUGGUGUACGGUUAAUAUCGAGUUUUCGCAGAAUACUUUCAAGAACAUAGAAAAUGUAUUGAAAAUGCCGGUCAAAUGACAAUGAACAACUGAGUGGUCUUUGUCGAAAAUUGGUGAACGGAAACAGCGUUUCGUCCCAAAUUUCAGAGUUGUUUUUUUGCAACUGUAACCAGAAUGCAGGAAAAUGUAAUGAAAUUCCCAAUUCAAAUGAUAACGGACAACUGGACGGUCUUUCGGAGCUGAUAUGACGAGAAAUUGCAAGUAUGUCGUUUGCCCAUAUAGUCCAGGACGAAACUGCUGAUCUGAUUGACCAAAUUUCGACAAAGACUUGUUUGUUGCCCUUUGUCAUGAAGGGAAAUUGACAAUAGACUUUUGGGUUCUUAAAAAUGUUCUACGUACUGGUGGGAGAUGGACAAUUUUUUACCAACACAUUUAAUUAAUGUGCAUUAUGAUCAUUUAGACAUGGUUUGUGUCAUGUAGUUGUCAAUAUCUGUCCUGAUGCAUGUAGCUC